AUGUCGGACUCAGAAUCUGACCGAGAGCACAACUCUCUCACUCCUUCCGACCAGAGUCUCGAACAAUCCUUGCGCGAUGAAGUCGCAAAAGUGUUCAAGUCUGGAAAGAUGGAGGAAUUGACGGUGAAGCGAGUGCGGCUGGCUGCGGAGAAAAGCCUUGGGCUUGCAGAGGGCUACUUCAAGACUACGGGAGAUUGGAAGACGAGGAGCGAAAAGAUUAUUAAGGACGAGGUGGAAAAGCAAGAAGCCGCACCCGAGGAGCCAAGAGAAGAAGUACCGCACGAGCCACAGCCCAAGAAGAAAGCCGCACCCAAGCGUUCUAAAAGCGAUGCUGCGCCCAAGCCAAGAAAGCGUCAGAAGACCCAGACGCCCGAGUCUGAAGAUGAUCUCGCCGGUUCGCCGGUCGUGGAAAGUGAGGAAGAGUCCACAAAGCCUAAGCAGGGGUCAACUGCCAAGGCAAAGAAGGGGGCCAAGUCAAAGGAACGCGAGGUGUCGGUGGAGGCUGCAGACGCCCCAAAUGAAGACAUCGAUAUGGAAGAUAAGCCCACAGAAUCUACCGCAGACCUCGCCAAAGAUGACUCCGAGAGCGAGAUGUCCGUUGUCCUAGACGAGGAACCAGAGCCUGCACCCAAGAAACGGAAGAGUGCCAAGGGACCGGCUAAGAAGGGCAGAAAGACUGCCAAGCCGCCUCCGAAAGAGAAAGACGAACAAGACCCAGACCAAGCGGAAAUAAAGAGGCUACAGGGUUGGUUGGUCAAGUGUGGCAUCCGCAAGAUGUGGUUUCGUGAACUGGCUCCAUACGAGACACCCAAGGCCAAGAUCAAGCAUCUCAAAGAUAUGCUAGAGGAGGCCGGUAUGACAGGACGAUACUCGCAGGAGAAAGCAAACAAGAUCCGGGAGGAGCGAGAACUCAAAGCAGACUUGGAACAGAUCCAGCAGGGCGCUCAGCAGUGGGGCGACAGUGGAGGCUCUCGACGACGUACUGCUCGAGGGCAACAACCGCUCAAAGUCCAAGAUGAUGAUGACAAUAAUGAAGAGAGCGAAGAAGAGACCUCUCAGAAGCGUAUCCCUCGGGGUCGGCAAUCGCUGGCCUUCCUUGACGAUGAGGAUGGUGAAGAAAGCGAUUGA